UAUCUUAACACAACUCUCAAGAAUGACACGAAGACGGACGGCCAUGUUGUUUUUGGUGGUUGUGCACCUUGUGAUCUCCCUAGGGGGUGGGGAAGAGGUGUACUCGUCCCCCGGAGGUGACGAGAAGGCUGACCUAAUGUGUACGGACGACAUUGGUAAUAAGUUCAAGGAGGGGGACACCGUGUGGCUCGACUUUGGGUCCAGAAAGUGCUUGUGCGCGAAAGGUAAGCUGACCAGUUGCAGUGACGCCUAUGAGUGUCCUCCCAUCCCUGAAGACUGUGUGGAGACACGUGACAUCCCGGACUACUGUACCAUCUGCAGCAAAAGGGGCUGCAAAUCUCCCACAAAGGGCAAAUAUCUCAAUAUCGGUGAAACGCACAUCCAGGAAAAGGCAUGUAUCAGAUGCGAGUGCAAGGAGGGGAGUACUCUGCAGUGCAGCGACAUUCCUGGCUGUGCCCGAGAUCGGCAUGCAGAAUAGAAGGGAAAGACUGACAUCUUGCGGAAACUGUUAGAACUGGUGUAGAUUUGUCAAUUCUUUACUUUUCUGUCUUGACACUGCAAACAAAUACAUGUACGUAUGCUAUCUUCUCGACGAACUGUGAUAUAGCAGGACAACCUUUCGUAUACGACUUUGCUGACUUAGCUUCAGAUAGAUAUGGAAAAGAAGACAACUAUGAACUAUUGUGUCAUUGAGCCGGCUUUACUAUUCGUGCGAACGCCGCCGAAUUUGUAGAUCGGUCAGAGCUCGCCGAAUUUCAACAUCGCCCGAGCAUCGGCUGUAUUUUUUGCUUAAAAUCUACCCCUUUACAAAUUGGACAGGGAUCGGGCGACGUCUAUCCAACACUAAUGAUUACUUAUCCUCAUGAGAUGGUAGCAUUCCUUGACCAUGGACGAAGUGACUAUCCCGGUAAAAUGCUAAUAUUUGGGUAAACUUUAACUUCUGAGUUUGGGGAAAUAUGUAGGGCAUGAGUGCGGUGGACUGUCGCCCUAAAACAAUAAUAUUGUAUAGUUGCGAUACCCCAAUCCAAAAUCUCAUAAAAUGUUGAAAAAUCGUCGCCGAGGCCUUGCGGAAUUUAAGCGCAGCGUCCGGGGACCCACGAAUGUCGGUCGAGCUGCGAAAAAUCGUUCGAAGCCCGCGCAAUCGCCAGGACGUCGGUCGUUCUUCGGCCGAAAAUGCACAUUUAGAGCUCGCCAAUACGUCAACCGAGUUAAAUUCUUGAUGUAAAGGGGGCUUUAUCGAGCCUCUUACUGAUCAGUUGACACUUCUUGGGUUGUUAAAUAUAUAAAGCAAUGUACAUACAGUAUCAGCCCCGAGCCCUAUCCGUACCUUGUAUUUCAUCCAAGGCUAAAGGUAGCUAACGUUGUAGUGGUAAAACUUGUAAAGAGAAUUAGGCUGUCACGAUUGUCGUAUGUCAUUCGCAUACUAUGCAAUAGUAAUAGUUAAUGGGACUUAUAAAACGAGGCUCUCCAAUUUCGUUUAUCUAUCAAUGAUCAAUAUGAACAUGAUAUCAACAAUGUC